AACAUACAUUCAUACUUGCAUGUGAGAAAAGCUAUCUACAGCUUAAGGAAGUUAUGAACACUCUACUUUCUUCACAAAAACCACCUCUUCAAUUCCCGAAGCCUUCUCUAUGGAGUCCAGGAAUAACAGUAAUUCACUCCACAACCAUGCAAAAACUAGUAAACCAACCCACAAAAACAUGGAAACUACACGCCAACGCCAAAGGCUUUGGCGCCAGAACACCAGCCACCAUAAAAGAAAAUGCCAGUAACAACAACAACAAUGAAAAUGAUGAUGACCAUCUUCCGCAGGUAGUUUUGGAAAGAAUAAUAGUGAGAAUCUUGGUGGCUGUUGGGGUACCAUUGGCUACUGGUAUAGCAUUGCUCAACUUAUUUGGUGUGGUGAAGGAGCAAAAGUUAUGGGAUGUGCCAUUAUGGCUUCCACUGUUGACAACUUUCAUAACUUUUGGAAUGUCUGCACUUGGGAUUGCGUAUGGGCCACUUUCUACCAGCUGGGAUGAAGAGAGGAAGGGUUCUGUGCUUGGACUAGAAGAAGUUAAGCAGAAUUGGGUUGAGAUGUGGAAAGAAGAAAAUGAAGAUAUCUGAAGAAUUGAAAGAUUAAACAUUAUGCAAUUGUAGAAUUGAAAAAGAAAAAUUGAAUGUAAUGUGUCUUACACCUUUUUCUGAAACAUAGCCAUGUGAGCAUUUACUACCCUUUAGAAGCAUUAGUUUCUUGAUUGGGGUGUUGCUUUCUUCAUCUGAUGCUAUCUCAAAAUGAUAUCUUAAUGAUUUCAGUUUUCUCUGGA